AUGCCUGAGAACAGCGGCUUUCCCGCGUCCAAGGACGAGGUUGUCGAGGUCGACGCCGUCCGCCUGGAGGCUGCGCUCGGCCACAAGCAGGAGCUGGUCAGAGGCUUCGGCCUGUUCAGUCUGACGAGUCUGGGGAUUAUCAUCGCCAAUUCCUGGGCCGCCACCGGAGGCACCAUCGUCACUGCUCUAUUCAAUGGCGGGCCCAUGGCUGUGCUGUACGGCCUCAUUGUCGUCACUAUUUUCUAUGGCUUCAUCUCGCUGUCGCUGUCCGAGCUGGCCUCUGCCAUCCCCUCUGCCGGCGGUGUCUACCACUGGUCGUCCGUCGUGGGGGGCAAGUAUGGCCGCGCUGUUGGCUUCUUCACUGGAUACCUCAACGCCUGCGCUUGGUUGCUGUCGGCGUCCUCCAUGAGCUCUAUCCUUGGGAACGAGGCUGUCGCCAUGUACAUUCUCCGCAACCCGGACACCGAAUGGCACAGCUGGCAGCCGUUCAUCGUCUUCCAGAUUGUGCUCUGGAUGUGCACCGCCAUUGUCUGCUGCGGAAACAAGUUCCUCCCCAUGCUCAACCGCAUUGCGUUCGCCUUGUCCAUGGGAGGGCUCUUCAUCACGGUCAUUGUCCUGGCUGUCAUGCCGCGCGGCCACCAUGCCAGCAACGCGACGGUCUGGAGAACCUACUACAACAUGACUGGCGACGGGGCCCCUGGCUGGUCCGACGGCAUCUGCUUCCUGAGCGGACUUCUCAACGCUGCCUUUGCUGUCGGCACUCCUGACUGCAUCAGUCACUUGUCUGAAGAGGUCCCCCAACCCGAGCGCAAGGUCCCGCAGGGCAUCAUGCUGCAGCUCUUCACGGCAUUCCUCACUGCCUUCGUCUACCUCAUCGCCCUCUUCUACAGCAUCCAGGACAUCGACAAGGUCUUCGACACCAGCAUCGGCUACUUCCCCAUCGCCGAAAUCUACCUGCAAGCCACGGGCUCCGUCCCCGGCGCCGUCGGCCUCAUCGCCCUGCUCUUCCUGGCCACCUUCCCAACCCUAAUCGGCACCCUCACCACCGGCGGCCGCAUGUGGUGGUCUCUCGCCCGCGACAACGCCACCCCCUUCGCCCCCUUCUUCGCCCAAGUCCACCCAACCCUCAACGCCCCCGUCAACGCAACCUGCGGCAUGGCCGCAAUGGUCACCUGCCUCGGCUGCAUCUACGUCGGAAGCACAACCGCCUUCCAGGCCCUCAUCUCCUCCUUCAUCGUGCUCUCCACGCUCUCCUACGCCGGCGCAAUCGUGCCGCAUCUCCUCACCGGCCGCAAGAACAUCGUCCCCGGUCCCUACGUCAUGCCCGGCAUCUGGGGCUGGUUCGUCAAUAUCGCCGCCGUCAUCUAUAUCGCCGUCACGGUCGUCUUCUUCUGCUUCCCCUUUACCCUCCCCGUCACUGUGCAGAACAUGAACUACACCUCUGUGAUCACCGUCGGUCUUAUGACGAUUGUAUCCUUCUGGUGGCUGGUCCGUGGUAUGACCCGCUACAAGGGUCCCAUCUAUUCCAUGGAGGCCGCGGAGAAACUUGCCCAUGGUGAGGACGUCCUGCCGGAGAGUGUGCAGAUGAAGAGCGAGCUUCCUAGCGCCAGUGUCAGUGCCAGUGCCAGUCGUGAGCAGCAGCCGCUUGAGUUGCAGUGA